CAUUGAGAGAAACAUUUUUUAACUGUGCUAUGGAAUAGAAGCAGGAGGGUUUUCCACCAAGUGACAGUCACUGAGCUGAAUUUACCCCCUCCUCCUUUCCACACCUGCAAAGCCUUCUGCCUGGGUUGAAUAUUUAGUUUAAUUACAUCUCAGCUUUGAGAGCUCCUGUUGCAAAUCCCUGGAUUAAAAGGUUCUGCUGGGCGUCGAUGAACUAAGCCAUGAGGAGGCUGGCUCUGCUCUUUGUGCUCCUGCUGCCAGCAUGCUUGGCCAAGCCCUUCCACCAGCAGGGCCUCUUUGACUUUAUGCUGGAGGAUGAGGGCUCAGCCGACAUGGCCCCAACGGAUGAUCCCGUCAUAUCCGGGUUUGGACCGGUGUGCCCCUUCCGCUGCCAGUGCCAUCUCCGCGUGGUGCAGUGCUCUGACCUAGGUUUGGAAAAGGUGCCAAAAGACCUUCCCCCAGACACAACCCUGUUGGACUUACAGAACAACAAAAUCACUGAAAUUAAAGAAGGAGAUUUCAAGAACCUGAAGAAUCUUCAUGCAUUGAUCCUUGUCAACAACAAAAUCAGCAAAAUAAGCCCAUUAGCUUUUGCUCCUCUGAAGAAACUGGAAAGACUUUACCUGUCCAAGAACAACCUGAAGGAACUCCCAGAAAACAUGCCGAAGUCUCUCCAGGAGAUACGGGCUCAUGAGAAUGAGAUCUCCAAGUUGAGGAAAGCUGUCUUUAACGGGCUGAAUCAAGUGAUUGUCUUAGAGCUGGGCACCAAUCCAAUCAAGAGUUCAGGCAUUGAGAACGGAGCUUUCCAGGGGAUGAAGAGGCUCUCCUACAUCCGUAUCGCAGACACCAACAUCACAAGCAUCCCAAAGGGCCUUCCUCCAUCCCUUACUGAACUUCACCUUGAUGGCAACAAAAUCAGCAAAAUUGAUGCUGAAAGUCUCUCUGGACUCACCAACUUGGCAAAACUGGGUCUCAGUUUCAACAGUAUUUCUUCAGUUGAGAAUGGCUCUCUUAACAAUGUACCUCAUCUGAGGGAGCUCCACUUGAACAACAAUGAACUUGUCAGAGUACCCAGUGGGCUGGGUGAUCACAAAUACAUACAGGUGGUCUAUCUUCAUAACAACAAAAUUGCUUCCAUUGGUAUCAACGACUUCUGCCCUCUUGGCUACAACACCAAAAAGGCCAGCUACUCCGGCGUGAGCCUCUUCAGCAACCCCGUGCAGUACUGGGAGAUCCAGCCCUCUGCUUUCCGGUGUAUCCAUGAACGCUCCGCAGUACAGAUUGGAAAUUACAAAUAGAUGUCUAAAGAUGGGGUUUGCUUGUGUUCCAAAGUGUCUGUCCUUAUAGGCCUGUCCAAAAAACCGUUGCUAACAAUUAACGUCAAAUGCCAUUAAACGCCAGAAACUUCACUCUAAAGUGGAGAUGAUCCUUUGAGGUAGAAUAAAUGAGACAUUACAGAUGUACAAGAAUGAGCAUACCAUCAAUAAGAAUUGCCCACUGUGCUUUAAACUGACUUAUUUCAGCCUUCUUUUCCAGCAUGCUUUCUGUGGCAUUUUUCAGUUUGCUGAAUGCUACAGGUUUUCAGAUUCCACUGUAUAUGAAAUUCGGAGUAAAUAUUUGUCAUUAUGAUUUAUUAAAAAAAAAAAAAAGACAAUGAUUGAGGUUAUUUUUAUAGCCACACACAGAGAAAAAUA